AUGGGAUUCAUAGCGUCUAUUUUGUGUUGCUCUUCAGAUACUUCACAACAUAAGUCGCAUUGGCAGUCAGGACAGCACGCAGCGGGAUAUAGUAAAGGGAAAUCUCAGACUGGGGUGCACAACUCUCAAUCGAACAUUCAUUCAACGUUGUCGAAGUCUUCUCAAAAGAUGGCGUACUCAUCCCAGAAUCUAUCCGGCAAUAAUGGACAAGGGACUGCAAAUGGUACGAAUAGGAGAAAUCACAAUAAGAGAACGGGAAAUGAUGACAGGAUUAAAGUUAGCGAGAAAGCUUCUGAUUUGAACGUCGGCGUGGAGGAAGAGAAGGAGGAGGCCAACGAGAAGGUCAAGACUUCGGGUUCGGGUGGAAAAAAGAGGUAUGGCAACUCUAGUGGGGAUUCGAAUAGAAGAAAAGAACGCAACGAACGAACGCCGCCUUUAAGGAAAGCAGAUUAUGGUGAUGCAGAUGACGACGAAGACAAGGAGUACGAUGACGACGAAGAGGAGGAUGAAAUAGGUGAAGGCGAAAGUGUUGAGGACAAGGCUCGGGGCACGGCGAAUACCAAGUCAGUCGAGGAAGUCACUAACGAAAAGGAUAAACAUGCUAUUUAUGUAUACAACGGCGAAACGGACACAAGUACUGGGGGAUCUAGUUACGAUCAACACCUGCAACAACAAUCACAGACUCAAACACAGUUAGCUCGGGGUGUGGGUGAUAUAGUGGUGUCAGAUGGUGGGGAGUUGACCACAACCGUGCAUGAAGGCGAGAACUGCAGCAGCGCUGAAGAUACCGACAUAGCGUUGCAAAACAGCCAUACUAAUGAUGAAAGUGCAGACUAUGAUAUGGCACCACCUUAUGAGGAUGAAGAAGAGUUUGUUGAUCUCACCGAGCUGCAGCUAGGCCAGGCUCACGCUCAAGGCUACAAUACGUUAUUGCCCCCCAAGACUCCGGAAUUCAAGGGCAAAAAAUGUCUAGUAUUAGAUCUUGAUGAGACAUUGGUACACUCAUCUUUCAAGUACCUCCGCACUGCAGAUUUCGUGUUACCUGUUGACAUUGAUGACCAAAUUCACAACGUUUAUGUUAUCAAGAGACCCGGUGUCGAUGAGUUUUUGAAAAGAGUGGGCUCGCUGUAUGAAGUGGUAGUCUUCACUGCUAGUGUUUCAAGGUAUGGUGAUCCUCUUUUGGAUAUCUUGGACAAGCAUAAAUCAGUUCAUCACAGAUUGUUUCGAGAGUCAUGUUACAACUAUGAAGGUAACUAUAUCAAGAAUCUGUCACAGAUUGGCAGACCGCUUUCCGAGAUUAUAAUACUGGAUAAUUCGCCCGCCUCUUACAUCUUCCAUCCUCAGCACGCCAUUCCGAUUUCUUCCUGGUUCUCAGAUACCCAUGACAACGAGUUGUUAGAUAUCAUUCCUUUGCUGGAAGAUCUGUCAGAGAGAUCGGUACCUGAUGUUGGCAAAGUGCUAGAUGUAACAAUAUAA